AUGGGUCGUGUUGUUAUUGUUGUAUUAAUCGAUCAAUCAUCACUUCUACUUAAUGAUGAAUGGAAAUUAUACAAUGAUCAGGAUGAAAAGAUAAAAGAAGCAAUGAUAAUGCUUAACAGUAUUUUGAAAUAUUCUAAACUACAAGCUAUUAUCACUAAAGCUACAUUCAACAGUAUUGAUAGUGUGAUACAAAAACUUAGUGUUUUCUUUAAGGAACAAGUGGAAGAUAGCCGUCUGUUACAUAAUCUAACAAAUAAAACAUUAGCAGGAACUAUUAAAAAUGUUAUCAAAUUAUCACAAAUAUUUCAUUGGGCAAAAAUUCUUGAUUUAGUCACUGAUAUGCAAAUGAAAAGUAAAACAUUUCCAAUGCCUAAUGCUAGUAAUGGAAGGACAAUUAUUUGUGGACAAUUUAUUUCAAUUGGACAACAAGCAUCAUUGGUUCUAAUGGAAGGUGAAAUUACAGCAAAUCGUUGGGCGCUUUUCUAUCUCAAUCAGCCAACAUUAAUUUUCUCAAGUGCUGCACAAUAUACAUUUCUUGAUGAAAAACAAACAAUUGGUAUUGAUUUAUCAGAAAAUUACUACUUAAAUUAAAUGGUGCAACAAAAGAAAAUAAAAUUUCUGAUAAUAAUUGGACAAGUGUUAUUUGUAAAGUUGAGCGCCAUAAAGAUCAAACAUGUCCGAAAUAUGCAACAAUUCAGGAAUGUCUAACAUUAUGCAUCGAUGAACCAUUAGCACAGCUUUUCUCAUUGACCCAAAAUUCAAUCAAAUUUCAGUCAAUGGUACUUGAGCUAUUCGAACUACCUGCAAUGGAUUCAGUUUUUACCAGCAAUCAGAAAGUACCAAUUCAUUUAGAAAAACUAAAAGAUAUUAAAACUGAAGUCCUGUGCAGUCUUAUAUGUGAUUUUCAUCAAGCACUUGGCGUACAGACUGAUCUCUCAACACAAAUUAAUUUUCUUCCUGAAUUACUUCGAUCUUAUCUUAUCGAACAGGAUAAAGAUGUUAAAAAAGAAAUAGGAAAGCUACCAAUGGAGGAGAAAUUAGGAAAAGGAGAAACUGAAAAAACUGAUAAACGACAGUAUAUUUGCAAACAGUGGAAAGUUGAUCCAAAAAUACGAUUCAUUGAUAAAGUAAAAUGGGAUCCACCAGUUAUUGAUGAGAUUUUGCGUAAAUUACAAAUAUUCGAUCAUCGAAAUACCAUACCUAAAGUUGUACAAAGACAUAUACUGGAUCAUUGCGAUAUAUUUUUAUCAAAAAUUCUUUUGGCUAUUGUAAAAGUUGCAAAAGAAGCUUCAGUAAAAAGUGAUCGAAUGUCCACUCAUUUUUAA